GGCGUCGAAGGCAAAACGAGCGCGAGGAACGAGCUCUGAGGCGACCUCCUACAGGCGCGUACACCCACUUGGCAUCCGCGCGGGCCAUAGCAUUCUCUUCCUGCUUCUCACACACACAUCGCGGCCACCAUGAUUAUGAAAAACACCCUUUUGACGGUGUUCCUCUCCCUCGUGUCGGUCGGCACCGCGUUCUACGCGAUGGUCUACCCGGCGUGGUUCCAGCAGCACUAUCGCCGCGAUGGCAACAACGUGUAUCAGGGAUACGGACUCUUCGCGUUCUACUCUACCAACAGCCUCGAGUCGCCGUUCUACGCCUCAGCCACCGUGUUGCAAUAUUCGGAUUUUUGCGUGGAAAACUACACAACACCGAACUACAUGUUGGGCGACGGCGUCGACUUCCACGAGGUGCUCUGCGGCAAGCGAAUGAAGUCGGUACAGGCCACGACGGCCACAGGCGCCGCCAUCUCCGUGGUGGGGCUUCUCACGUCCAUCGGAGCAGUCUUCAACCCGUCAGCCGGGUACAUGGAGCGCGUUGUGUCGUUUUGCACUCUUGUUGGCUCGUUACUUUUGGCGAUAUCUUUAGUUAUUUGGGGCGCACUAUUGCAACAGACACUGUACGAGACUGACACCAUCCACUCGGCGUACACGAGCUGCAAGGCAAACAACACCAAGUGGCAUUGCUGGUUCUAUGGAUACAGUUUCUGGGUGUGUCUAGCGUCGGUUAUUAUCCUAUCAAUUACCGGGUACUUGAGCUCGGCAGGACGCGCCGAGAAAAUCCGAUACUUCCGCAAGGAGUACGAGCGGGAUCUGGCAGUUGCCAUGCAACAGAGUAUGGAUAACGAUGCUCACGCCCAUACACAAUUUGUACGCACGGAGUCGGCGGGAGGCUUCGGAGUGAAUGCGACGCAACAAGCGUACGGACAGGCGCCCACACCCUCGCAGCAGUACAACCCCAACACGGGACACCCCUACACAACUCCACAGAACAUGCAACAGCAACAGCCUUAUGCCAAUGUGUAUGGCAACCAGAACGCGGCUCCGAAGCCCAUGGGAUACCAGCAACAAGUCAGCAAUGUCCCGUCAUUGGCAGCACCCUCGACGACGAAUAACCUCAGCCGGACAAACAGCAACGAGAGUGAGGCAGUGUAUCCAAGUUAUAGUGAUCGACGCAAGAACCAUUCGCUGCUGGGUCGACAACCUAGCGGUGGCGUCGUGUAAGCAUUAUAUUGUACGCACUCUUUUAGCUAUGGACAAGUUUCGUCUUGGGUACAAAAACAGAGUUUCAUCUUCUACGCGAUGCAAGACGAAGGUGACUCGGAAGCUGUUGGCGUGUGACUUUUAUUUUGAUUUUAAGUUUUGAGCUCCCGGGGCAUCGAGGAAGAAGGACAGGGCGAGUAGAAAUAAAAUACAAGAACGUCUUCACCAAG